AUUGAACGGGUUAGGUUGUCAUUUAGUAACCAACAGAAGGUUACGAGUUAAAAAUUUUGAUUAUUUGAUCAUCUGACUGGCCUUGCGCAGAGAGGAGAGACAAGAAAUGAGUCGGAUACCUCAUAUGAGGGUAUUGUUGGGCUUUUGAUUAGACAAUUAUGUCUAUUUAAUCUUUCGGGUUUGAUUAGGGAGACACCAGUUCGCCUCACGCUAAGCUAGGUCGUUCAACUCGCGAUGCUGGGGAGAUAGCUGCAUCAUCAUGUUGUUUCGGACUCCGAGUUUCAGUGAAAUAAAUCUGAAGUUACGCCAGAGCUGUCAUCAGAUACACGUGGAGUUCAUGUCAGGACACUUGAGAAGUUCUGGCCAAAGCAGCUCCCAGCGGUGACUUGUCGGUGGAGGUGACGGGGUAGCCUCCAGAAAGAGUAUUCAGUUUGUGCUGCCGGGUUUUGGGCGGCGGAAAAGACGGACACAAAUAGUAUAAAGUUCCUUCGAUAGAGAGGCAAGUUAAAAUGGCUGGCGAUUGCACCUAUACUCAUUACAGGAAUGAUGAUACCCUCUGUCUGUCCAAAGCUUUGUCGGACCGGGCGCAAGAGCUCAUGAUUGAGACUGACAACACUUGUGACUUGAUUGGACGUGGGUCCAUGGCGUGUUCACCCAACUUUGAGAUCAUAGACGGGCUGCAGUACCGUAAGAAGUUGGAGCAAGGAUUCAUCCACUAUCGGGAGGUUUUAGACCAGGACCGGCGGCAUGGGGCAAUCUCCACCUUUCACCGGCGGCGGCCAGGCACGCGCCACCUUUCCCUGGAGGAAACCUAUAAAGCCGUCGCCGAAAACUACUGGUGGGACGGGAUGUAUUUCCACAUCAGGGACUAUGUACUGGGGUGCUCAGAUUGCCAGAAACAGCAGAGCCAGAGAACCAUGGAGUGUGGCAGCUUGAAAGGGAGUGUCUCCAAGACAAUGAUGUCACACAGCCAUGACAUUCUGAGUAAGCUGCGGAGCCAGCGAGAGGCGGGGCUCUUCUGUGACAUCACACUGAGGACAAACGGACAGUCUUACUCGGCCCACAAGGCAGUGCUGGCUGCGGUCAGCGAGUACUUCCAGGAAGUCUUUGCGGAGAUGGAUUCCACCCCCAGCUUGAAGACUGACAUAGAUUUAACUGGUUUCAGGGAGGACAAUCUUGUGUCCCUGCUGGACUUCUCCUAUUCCUCCACUCUAAGCGUCCGUCCGGAGGACCUGCCAGAGGUCAGCACCAUGGCCCGACACCUGGGCAUGUGGCCCGCAGUCGAGGCCUGUUCCGCCCUGCAAAGGGAACAGAAGGAGACUCUCCAACAACUCCAGACGCAGUUCCAGAAGGACCGGAAGAGGAUAAAGCUAGAAGCUAGGGAGGGAGAGCUUCUUGGGUUUGGGAAGGAUGGCUUCAGGUGGACCCUGGACCAAUCCAAUGAGUCUUUGACAAACUUCCCCAGACGCUCGCCUCGCAUCCCCCAUAGUCCAGGCCCAGGACCCACCAGUCUCCACAUGCCCCUCAGUCCCACAAACAGAAUGAAGCUCAUGGAUUUUAAAUCGCCCUCUAGUAAGAGGACCCGGCCCCCUCGAAAUACCCCCUCUUCACCCCACACACACACACGUCUCCUGCGCUCCACCCCCGGAGCGGCCCAAGAGGUCCAGAGAUUGCUGCCCAGGCCCGAAAGCCCCAGACGGGGUCAGAAGCCUUGCCCGUCCUCCAGCUCCAGACAGGAGCCCAAGACUAUUGUUCCCCUGGUCAGGGUCAAGGAGGAAGAGGAGGAACAGAGGGAGGAAGAGGAGGACCAUGUUCGUGUGUUGGAGAAGUAUCGCCUCAUGAAUGUUUUAGGGCUUCAAAGGACCUCCCUUCUGUCCUGUCAGGAGGAGCUGAUUGGUUGGAGACAAAAGAAACGCCUCCGCAAGUUAAAGGUCAACAACUACUCCCUGACCAAGCGGAGGAAACCAUGCCCACAGGUCCCUGGGCUUGCGUUCCGAAGUCUUCCCCUGUCCCUACCUCUAUGCAACGCUGUUAACACCCGCCUACUCAAACAAGUCAUUAAGACUGAGCCCAGUGAUCCAGUCAACAUGGUGAUAAGACCGAAAAGACCAAGGUCUGCCCCUAGACCUGUUCCACCCUCUGAUAGGAGCAUGCGCAGUAAAGUGGUGUUACCCAACCUGCGGCAUCCAAUCUCCAGGCAGCCCUUUGGUGGUCGGGAACUCAGGCGUUCUGUAAGAGGGAGUGAUGGUGCUCCUUUUUCUGCCCAACCUCCACCUUGUCAUGACAACGCCAAGCCUCUGAGGAGGAAUGUUAUCAGGAUCAAACCGGAACCGUACGACUUUGCCAUCUCAGCACCGCCUCUCCCUGUACACAGUUGCCAUGGUGUCACACACAUGCACAACCCUCCUCUUACUAGGGCACACCCCCGGGACAGGGUCAACACCACGAGGGCCGUCCGCUAUAACAGUGGUCGGCCAGUGGCAAAGACCAAGGUGAGGAUGAUUGGAGGUAGAGAGGUUGGCAAGGCUCAGCGGCCCACCAAAGAAGAGUGCCUCAGGACGGACAGCAGACUUCUUCUGGAAUCGGGUCUAGAGGAAUCUCUGGGAGUUCUCAGAAAGAAGAGAGAUACUGUGGCAGUCGGCACAGAUCCCGACGUUGCCCCUGUCCCCCAUCUCUACACUCAUCCGCUCUACCGGGCCAUCAAAGAGGAGCCAGUGGACCCCCUGCCAGUGGGGCUGCCCUUCUCCGAGCCUCCCUCUCCAGACCUGGGCAAGCGCCUGAGCAAGCCCCCUGUCAAGUUGCUUGACCCUGGCUUCCUCUUCAGCUUCUGCCGGCCCCCAGGGGGCCCAGUGGGGGUGGUGAAGAGGGAAGAGGAGAGUGUGGAUAUCUGCUUGACACGCUCAGUGUCACGGGGAGAGAGGUUUGGGGACGGUGCGGGCCCAGUUAGGGUCCUGAGAGCUCGAGGACUUCCCCCAAACCCCACCUCAACUCAGGUUAAGAAGGAGAGAGUGGAGAGGAGAACGGGCCACGACAAAGGUCACAGACAAGGCACUCGCUCCUGCCAUCACAAACACCAACCCCCCCCGCAACACAAGCUCUCUCGCCUGACUAAAAGCCCCCCGCAAAGCAAGUCCCCCACACAUGGCAGGCGCUCCCACGCAGUCAGCGCAGCAAGGUCAAAACCUGGGACCCCACGGGACAUACCAAAGAAGCGUACUGGGCCCCUCCCCCUGCAUGGCCGAAGCGCCGUCCUCCAGCAGUCGGUUCGCAGAGCGCGGCUGAAGCAGCUGAGAGGACUGAGGUCUGGGAGGGGUAAAGGGUGGGCCUCUGGUAGCCCCCCCCCCAAGGCGCCCCACUCCUGCCUGGAGUGCCACUCCUCCUUCCGAGACUGUGAUGCCCUCCUCAUACACCGCAUCCGGCACAUUAAGGGCAAACACUGGCCCUGCCCUCUGUGCAGUAAGACCUUCUUCAGACAGAAGAAUGUAAGGAACCACAUCAGAACACAUGACCAGCAGUUGUAUCGCUGUCGCAGCUGCAUGGCAGCCUCCUGAGGCCUGCUCCAGGGUUCAGGGAUCUGCAGGGGACUGAGGGAGAAGGUCUGAGGCAACUGGAACAAUGAAGAGGGAUGGGCACAAGGUGAACAGAAGCUUGUACAUGCGAAUCAUCAUUGACACACGUGCGCAUUCAAGCAUAACGCUGUGUGCCUCUGUGAUGUAGUUACCGUGAUCCAGAUGACUAUGUACUAUAGUGAUGAUCGAUUGUUGAUGUUCUGUUAUUUAAAUAAGAUUAUAAUUUAAAGUUUGUGUUUGCGUCGCCGUAGCUACAGGUGAUACACUUGAACGUUACACUCAGGGGGUGGGGAACUGUGAUGUCAUUGUAUAAGAAUUAUUUUCAGUUGUUUUUUUAAUUUUUUGGGCAUUUGUUGGGCAUUUCUUCUUUACUGGCAUAAUUACAUGGUAGAGUGACAGGAAAUGUAGGGGAGAGGACAUGCAGAAAUAGCCUAGGCCGGAAUCAAACCCAGGGCUCUGAGGUAUGCGCUCUUAACCGGUGACCCACCGGCAUGUCCCGUUACUGCAUGAUAAAGACAUCACAGUUAAACGCUCAUUAGAUGUCUUUGUAAUUGAAUGGCGAAUUAUGAUAAAUAUUAUUCCUUCUGCCAUUAUUGCUAUCGUUAUUUUUCUAUGUAUAGACAAAUCUUGAGUGCACUUAUUCCAUAGCUUUUGACAAACCUAAGAGAGGUGGAAGAGUUGUAUAUGGAAGGUUCAAACAGAUAUCUAAGUUGGGAGUACUUGAAGCAGGGUGGAGAUGAUGUGAGUGGGUAUACUUGAAUGAUCACAGAGGAUUAGAAGGAGGUGGUGGUGGGAGUGGUGUGCAGGUACAGAGGCUGUUACAAGAACCUUAAAAAUGGUAUCCUGCCUUUCUUGGUCCCCUACUUCGGAAUUUCCCUGGACAUGACAGGAUUGGUCACAGCUGUGUACAAGAGCACAUGUAUUCACAUUUGAGAGAAAGGUGUCUGUUUAGGGUAUUGAUGAUGGCCCCAGUCACGUGGGUCUUGAGUUGUGGUAGGUUUCCCAUUGAGUGUGUCGGGUAGGUUAUGAUUGUGGGUCGGUUAGAGUCUCCACUUGUCAGUCGAAUUGGCUCCCCUUCAUCCAGGGUUACAUAUUGUGAGGGCAAGGUGGCCGAGGGAACGGGGAUGAGGGGGUUAAGGAACUGAAUGUUUGUUCUUGCCUCUCGUCUUCGAAGGUGUCCCACUUAAAGGAAGUGUGUCAGUGAGGUUUUAAUGUGAAUCUUUACCAGUGUAACCAACACAUCUUUUCUUCUCUCUGCUCCUCCAUAUCACAUCCCAGGCUUUUAACUGUCAGAUUUUUUUUUUUUUUUUUAUACAUGUGAUUCUUUCCCUCCUACUACACAUUUUUGAAACAUUUGAGGUGUUUCAGAAUUUGUUUUUUAACUGUCAGUUAUUCUCUCCUGUAAUUAAAGGUACAAUAGGUAAGGUUUAUUCAGUAGAAAAUAUUUUGUCUCCUAUAAACAUGUUGUGUAAGUAAAUGAGGCCCUCUGGGAGUUGUUUAGCAACACAGAGCUCAGUGCCAGUGGAAUGUCAAUUUCAUAUUUUGGAGUGGCCUGCUACUUUCCAGUCAAUUAUGUUCCAUCAAUCCUGUUCCAACCAAUUGCCUUUGGCAGACCUUUCUCCUUGGCUUAUUUUGUUAAACCACUGUCAAUCAAACAUGAGCUGGAGGAAAACACUGAAGUUAAGAGGUGCUGUUUCUCUUAUUUGAAUUUAUUUUGUUAUGUAAUGCUACCUAUUGCAGCUUUAAGACAUUUCUUUCUUUCUCGAAUUAGAUUUUAUCGGCCAAAUGAUUCUAAUGAAGCUAUCCUGUAAAAAAUAAAGCAUAAAAUAAAACUUUUGCCUUUUACAUUUCCAUGACUGUUCUGUUCU